CUCCUCCUCCCUUCACCAUCCCACCCACCUAGCCAUCACCUCUCAGCCUACCCACAGACAGGCAAGGAAUCUCUAUAGUGAGGAGCACCCAGGAGAAGCAGGAACCAUGCAGACGUCCAUGGAGUUAAAGAAAUCCAUCUCAGCCACCUUGGAGACAGACAAGCCAAUGAAAAGAUAUGGAGCAGUGGAGGAGACUGACUGGAAAGCAGGGGGGCUGGGGAGAAGAAAUCAACUUGACGUUGUUUCUAUGGCUGAAACAACCAUGACACCGGAAGAAAUUGAACUUGAAAUGACUAAAAUCCAGAGGCUUCGAGAAGUCUUAGUCAGAAGGGAAUCAGAACUAAAGUUCAUGAUCGAUGACAUUCAGCUGUGCAAGGAAAUUAUGAGCCUGAAACAAGAACUGCAGAGCUUAGUGGACAUGCCAGAGAAAGAUAAAACGAAUGAGCAGAAGAAACGAGAAGACGAGUUGAUCCAGAAGAUUCAGAAGCUGGUACAGAAGAGGGAUUUCCUUGUAGAUGAUGCCGAAGUGGAGCGGUUAAGAGAAAAAGAAGAAGACAAGGAAAUUGCAGACUUCUUACGCAUCAAAUUGAAGCCGCUGGACAAAGUCACAAGACCAGUUGCCAGCAGUACCACUCCCGAGAAGAAAACGGAACUACCGCCAACUAAACCUUCUUUAACAAAGACAGGGAUGGCUAUCCUCAAAGAUUGCUGUGGUACCACCCAGUGCAGUGUCAUGUAACACACAGCCUCAGUUCAGACAUCUGAAGGCUCCUACAAGAUGAUGGGUUCCUUAACAGAGGAUACGUGCAUCUAGAAUCCUGCUACCAAGAACUGUCCGUGCUGUAGAUAUUACAGCAACGCAUUUACCAAUAGUGUACCAAUAGUGAAUUCCUCGCUGUCGCAUGGAUCACUCAAUGAGCAUGUUUAAGAGGAGCGUGUAUGUAUCAAGAUACCUGCAUAUCUAUGUAUAUAGGGUGGCCAGCAAUCAGUACUGUUUUGUACCAGCCUGAGUGAUUACUUAGUAGAAAUAGCAGUCUGCGUCCUGGUCUCCUGAGAAAUUAACAUGCAGUGUCAAUCAAGACUGAGCCUAUGUGUCACCUGCAGCCCAUCUUUUUUGCAAUACUAAAAACGGCCAUUGACCUUUUUAGUAAUGAAAAACCAUGUUCCAUACAUAAAAAUGACAACA